AACCAAAAAAACUGUCUAAAUAUGGCCGCUCCAUGGACUCCGCUCGAAUCGAAUCCAAGUGUCAUCAAUCCGAUGAUCGAAAAAAUGGGAGUGAGUGGCGUGAAGACUGUCGAUGUGUUGUUCUUUGAUGACGAGUCAAUCGGAAAACCUCAGCACGCAGUUAUCCUAUGCUUCCCGGAAUACAAAAAGGUUGACGAGAUUAUGAAGCCGAUCUACGAGCAAGCGAAAGCAGCUGACGAUUCGGUGUUUUUUAUGAAACAGAAAAUCUCGAAUGCUUGUGGAACAUUCGCUCUCUUCCAUUCCCUCGCUAAUCUUGAAGAUCGUAUUAAUCUAGGGGACGGCUCGUUUGCGAAAUGGCUGGCCGAGGCGAAAAAGGUUGGAAUUGAGGAACGUUCGGAUUUUCUAGCUAAUAAUGCUGAGCUAGCUGGAAUCCAUGCUGCCGCAGCAACCGAUGGGCAGACAGCACCUUCAGGAGACGUUGAGCAUCAUUUCAUUUGUUUCGUCGGAAAGAAUGGAAUUCUCUACGAGAUCGAUUCUCGCCGCCCGUUCGCUCGUGAAAUCGGUCCAACUUCUGAUGCAACUCUCGUCAAGGACGCCGGAGCUGCGUGCCAACAUCUCAUUGAGAAACUCGACAACGUCAGCUUCUCGGCAAUUGCAGUUGUCAAUCAAUAAAAUCCAUGCUUUAACACUUUGAUCUUGAUUCUCGCUUUACGCCUGUGAUUUUUGUAUAUUUAAUUUUUUUUUCAAAAUUUUAAUUGCUUUCUCGCAUAUCUAUGAAAAUGUUUCUAAUUU